GUAAACAUACGGCCGCUGACGUCUUCCGAAAUUUCGCCGUGCCGGCACAUUUUCCUCAACGAGUAAGGGUCAAACUCGCAAGCACCCAGACGGCGAGGAGCAUGGAUUGAAAGUGCGAAAUCGGCAUAAUUUGGGGACGGGCUGUGUAGUGCCAGUUUUUAUAAAACCGAGUUGCAUCCGCGGGCAGAAACAUGAGCUCUGCCCUUCUGAUCAACGUCUUCAUGAGUGUGUGCGCCUAUGUGGCCACCGUACAGCUUAUUCCCACCCUCAAGGACAUGUUUUUUAAAGCAAAUCUCUACGGAGUGGACAUGAACAAAAAGGAGAAACACAAAAUCCCGGAGGCGUUGGGGGUUGCGACAGGGUGCUCCUUUCUUGUCACUCUUUUCCUUUUCAUACCUGUUCCCUUUUUGAACUUCAUCGUCGAUGAUGAGCAGUUUCCGCACGAUCAGUUCGUAGAAUUCGUGGCAGCCCUUCUGUCCAUCUGCUGCAUGCUUCUGCUGGGAUUCGCAGAUGAUGUGCUCGACCUGAGAUGGCGUCACAAACUGCUGCUGCCGACAAUCGCUUCCUUACCACUCUUGAUGGUCUAUUACGUCAACUUCAACUCCACCACUGUAGUUGUCCCCCUACCCCUGAGGACCUGGCUCGGCUACGCUGUUGAUGUUGGCCUUCUAUAUUACGUGUACAUGGGAAUGUUGGCUGUUUUUUGCACCAACGCCAUCAACAUUUUGGCCGGAAUCAAUGGGCUUGAGGUCGGCCAGUCUGUGGUGAUUUCCGCCUCCAUCGCCGUUUUUAAUCUUAUUGAAAUGCGAGGACCCCUUCGAGACAAUCAUGAGUUUUCGCUCUUCUUCAUCUUGCCUUACUUUGCCACAUCUCUCGCCCUGUUAAAGUUCAAUUGGUAUCCAAGCCAGGUGUUUGUUGGAGACACUUUCUGCUACUUCUCAGGGAUGACCUUUGCCGUAGUCGGCAUCCUCGGCCACUUCAGCAAGACAAUGCUUCUCUUCUUCAUUCCGCAGGUUUUUAAUUUCCUCUACUCAGUACCUCAACUCUUCCGCUUGGUGCCAUGUCCGAGGCACAGGAUGCCCAGGCUGAACCCGUCAACGGGCCUUCUGGAAAUGAGCAUCACCAAAGUGAAGAAGAGUGAAAUCCAUGUGUUAGGACAGCUUUGUUUGAAAAUAUUCAGCAUGUUUGGGCUUGCGAUGGUGAAAGAAAGCAAGGAAGGGGAGAUUGAGGUCAACAACCUAACUCUGAUCAACCUGAUGCUCCACUGGCGCGGUCCAACUCAUGAAGAAGCACUCACCAAGAAUCUGCUUGUGGUUCAGGUGGUUGGUACUGUGAUUGCUUUUGCCAUCAGGUAUCCUCUUGCUGCCGUUUUCUACGAUUUGUAAAUUAUCUCCCACUCAUUAUGUACAUUUAGUUAAACCAAAGAAAUUCUAGUGUUACCCUGCGCUGCCUGUUUCCCAUUUUAGACUUUUAAUGCAAUGAAUAUCUAAAUAUGUUGAGGUUUAAAAAUUUUAUAUCAUCAAAAGGAUCGUGAUGAUAAAGACUUAUGGCUUGGUGUGCAUGUCAGAUGUGUGUAUGUCGUUGGAUGAAUAAAAUGCAAAAAUGUCUAGAAA